CACAAAAAAACACAUUCAAUGGCUGCUCUGUGUAGAAUCAAAAGACCCCAUUUCCUUUUCUUCAAUUCAUUCAAACAACUCCUCAAUCUAUGCACUCAAAACAAUCUUUAUCCAUUUUCUUCAACACCAACUUUCCAAAAAUACAAUCUUUCUUCAUUUUCUUCGACACCCACUUUCCAAAAACACAUAAAUUCCCUUCCACCAAUCUCUCUAGAAGAAUCAAGAAUCAUUGAUAAACUUAUACACAUAUUCACUAAACCACUUAGCACAUCAAAAAAUCAAGAACUUGAUGAAUUAGGUUCAAAGAUUACACCUUUUAUUGUUGAAAUUGUUCUUAGAAACCUUAAAAGUUGGAGAAUAGCUCAUUUGUUCUUUAAUUGGGCUUCAAAUCAAAAAGGGUAUAGUCAUAAUUGUCAUACUUUUAACUUAAUAGCUGAGUGUUUAUCAGGUGCUCGACAAAAUGACUCAAUGAGAGUGUUAGUUAAUGAUGUAGUUAAAUUUCAAUGUUAUUUUACUCCAAGGGGUUUGGGUUUCUUUAUUAGGUGUUUAGGUAAUUUAAAGUUGGUUAAAGAAGCUAAUGAGUUGUUUGAUCAUAUGAAAAAAUCGGGUCUUUGUGUUCCGAAUAGUUUUACUUAUAAUUGCUUGUUAGAUGCUAUAUCUAAGGUUGGUGAUUGUUGUUUAAUUGAGUUGAGAUUAAAGGAGAUGUGUAGCUAUGGUUGGGAGCUUGAUAAGUAUGCGUUUACACCGGUUUUGCAGUGUUAUUGCAAUGCCGGGGAUUUUGAAAACGCGUUGGUUGUUUUUAAUGAGAUGCACGAGAAGGGAUUGGUCGAUGCACAUGUUUUGUCGAUCUUGUUGGUUUCUUUUAGCAAGUGGGGUAAGAUCGAUAAGGCAUUUGAGUUGGUUGAGAGGAUAGAAGAUCUUAAGAUUAGUUUAAAUGAGAAGACGUGUUUUGUUUUGAUUCACGGUUUUGUGAGGGAAGGUAGAACGGAUAAAGCGUUGCAACUUUUGGAUAAAAUGAGGAAAAUGGGUUUUGUGUUGGAUAUUUCUGUUUAUGGCGUGCUAAUAGAAGAGUUGUGUAAGAAUAAGGAGAUUGAGAAAGCUAUGCAGCUGUAUGAGGAUAUGAACGUUUCAGGAGUCCGUCCAGAUAUUAAAAUACUUAGUGACCUUUUAUCUUGUGUGCGUGAUGAAAGAGACAUGAUCCGAAUAGUUGAGGAGAGGUAUGAGAGUCUGGAUCCGAAAGCUAAAAUGCUGCUGUAUAAUUCUGUGCUGAAAGGACUUAUUAACAAUGGUUCAACUGAUAAAGCCUAUCGUCUACUUUGUGCAUCGACAGGUCUUGAAUGUGGUGGUGAUUUUAAUGAGGACAGUCUUUUUUUCAUGAAGGAACUUGCUUGUCCUAAUACUGUUUCUUUCGAAAUAGUUAUUGAUGGUUUGUGUCGGGCGGAUAGGUUGGAAAUGGCUCGUAGACUGUUUAGAGAUAUGGACCAUAUUGGUUGUAAACGGAGUGUGCUACUUUACAAUAAUUUAAUUGAUUCUUUGAGCAGGUCCGGUAGACUCGAUGAGUGUUACGAGCUUUUGAAUGAGAUGAAACAAUCAGAAUUUCAGCCGACACAUUACACGUACAACUCAAUUUUUGGAUGUUUAUGUAAGCAAGGGGAUGCUGCAGGCGCCCUGGCUAUGGUGAGGGAGAUGCGUGUGCACGGGCAUCAACCUUGGAUAAAAUAUUACACACUGCUCAUGAAGAAACUUUGCAAAGAUGGGCAAGCAGUCAAAGCUUCUAACUUUCUUGCGGACAUGGUUCAAGAAGGAUUUCUCCCUGAUGUAGUUGGUUAUUCGGCAGUGAUAGACGGUCUUGUUAAGAUUAAACAGUUGGAUAAAGCAUUGGAUCUUUUUAGAGAGAUCUGUGCUCGGGGUUAUUGCCCCGAUGUGGUUGCUUAUAACAUUAUGAUAAAUGGUCUAUGUAAGGAUAAAAGAGUACUUGAAGCCCAGGAUUUUCUUGAUGAAAUGAUGGAUAAGGGGCUUAUUCCAUCAGUUGUUACCUACAACUCACUGAUUGAUGGGUGGUGCAAAAAUGGUGAUGUAGAUCGGGCAAUGGAAUAUCUCACUAGGAUGACAGAAAAAGAACGGGAGCCCAAUGUUAUCACUUACACCACUUUAAUAGAUGGGUUAUGCAAUGCUGGAAAACCAAAUGAUGCUAUUAGUCUUUUGGUCAAAAUGGAGGCGAGUGGUUGCUCUCCAAAUAGAGUAACUUUUACGGCUCUCAUUAGCGGUCUGUGCAACUGUCGGAAGUUGGAUGAUGCUCUGAUUUAUCUGCAGGAAAUGGAGAGGAAGGAUAUGAAACCUGAUCCAUCUAUUUACAUAGUGCUAAUAGAAGCUUUUAUAAAAAAUCUGAAUCCUAAUGAAGCUUAUGACCUACUAAAAAAGGUGGUCCAUGAUAAAUCUCUUCAAGAUUUAUUAAAUAGUAAGAGUCGUUCUAUUCUUAAAGAGGCAAUACUUUCCCUCUCAGCGGAUCCAAAGACUUCUUCAAAUGUGAAAAUCCUGUUGGAGGGGGGUCACUGUACAGCACUUUGUAGUAUCUCUGAGAUCGGAUGACAUGACUAGAUUGUUUAGAUGUCUUGAUCAUCUGUUUGCAUCCGUAAAGAAAAAUGAGGAAGUGGAAAGCAUUAAGUGUGGAGCUCUACGCUUGUCGGUUCUGCUGUACUGAUGCGUUUCUAUUCCUCAGUAUUAAAUCGUCAAUGAGAAGUUCUACACUGUAUGUUCGGAAUUAUGGCAACAAGCAGAGAGAUUGAUAUGAUUUGGUCUAAAACUGGAAGUACCCUGUGUGAGCUCUAUUAAGUAGCAAAGAAGCUUGGUGGUUGUAUCUGGACGUGGGUCCAGUCAUUAAGUACUUUAAGGCAUCCAGCAGCGAUCAACAAAUUUAGAGCAUCAGUCGCCCAAAACAUUUACUGGAAGAGACAUGCAUUCAUCAUGGUGAGACAGGAAUGUACUAUACAGCAGGGCCUUAUUGAUACAGACAAAGAUGUAUUACUACAACAACUGCGAUACCUCAGUACCAAACAAGUUGAGUAGGAUAUAUGAACCCCACUUAUCAUGUCGCACCAUUUAAGCUCGUCUCAUGCCAAUAUUAUACAAAGAUAUGUCGCAGUAUACUU